AUGGAAGAGAUCUCUCCCCCUGCUUCGACCAAGUCGAAAUAUGCCUCCUUCAGCCCAACCAAGCGGGAAGAAGAUCAAACCAAGGUUGGCACAGUGGAAAUUACCUUCCUGGAUCCGGCGUCACAAAAGCUGUCCAACAAGGAGGUGUUUUUGGAUCCUGACUCCUGGUCUCGCAAGCAUAAUGAGAUGCGAUUUCUCAUCAGCGCAGACCUGGUGAAUCUGGUGUCUGAGUCACAUGCAGCGCGUCAGGCGCGCUUCAGGAAGGCCAAGAAACGCUUGGAGCAGGCACGCUUAGCUUUUCUCAUCGACCUUUGGAAGCUGCGUGGGCUCGUGGAGCGCCUGACCCGGGCAGUGGAAGAGCUGCUCGGGGAAGCGGCUGCCAGCUUUGUCAACGAGCCGUGUCAAAUCCAUUUCUUCGUGCCUGAACUGUACUUCGAUGAUCACACUUUGGAGUGCUUGAGACGUGCUAGCGAUGUUUUCCUGAAGCAUUUGCUUGAAGAGAUGCAUGAACUUCAGGAACGCCUUGAUUUACUGGGUGGAAAGAACUGGCGAAACUUAUUGGCCUAUGCCCUGAAGUUUAUGACCACAGCAGAGAUUCCUGGAUUUCAGAGACAUGAUGGCAUCCCGAAUCCCAAGACCCGAAGGACGGUGGAAAAUGCCAUCACCCGGGGCCUUUGGGAUCAGAUGGAUGACAUACAGCCCGUCGUCGAAGAACUGGAGAUCGAAAUGGAAGACUACAACGCACGUUUUGAUUGGGUCCAGGAGGAGAUUGCGAGACAGUUGCAGCAGAUCAGCAGCUUCAAUGAGCGCCACGAGCAGGCCAAGACCAGACUAGAGGCAGAAGUUCCAGAUGUGCCAGCAGAUUCCGACUCAGAGGUACCUGAGGAAGAGGAGGAGGAAGAAGAGGAAGAGGAAGAGCACGACUCCGACGAUGAGAGUGCCACAUCCUCUGCAGAUUGGGACGAAGAAGAAGAGAUUCGAAAGUUUAUAGCUCUGAAAGGACAGGCUCCAUCGAAAGCUCAGCUGAAGAAGUUGAAGAAGUCGCACGUACGGGAUGCCAAGAUCUCCAAGCUGAAGACGGAAAAGGCAAAGAAAGAGCAAGAAGCGGAGGGCACCUCCAAAGCGAAGAUCAAGGAGUUGCUGCAGAGAUGGGAGAAGAAGGUCGCUUCAGCGCAGGAGUCCCUGAAGGAACUGGAGCCGUCACUGCAGAAGGCUGAAGACCAAACCGAGGAGGAGAUCGAUGAGGAUUUGCUGCAGCAGAGCAAAGAAGCUGAGAAGCUGGAGCAAGAGGCUGUGAAGCUGACCAAGCAGACGGAGCAGAAUCAGCAAAAGGCUCAGACGCUGCAAGUGCAAGUUCAGGAGCAAGAGCAGAAGGUGCAAGAAGAGCAAGCAGAGGUAAAAGAACUGGUCCAGGAAGUCCAAAGCCUUCCGCCGCCGGAUCCUCGGGUGGCCCAGCUGCGACUCUUGGGCGAGGAACAGGUGGAGCUGAUGAAAAAGUGCAAGAUCGUGGAGGCUCAAAAUGUCAAAGUAGCCGGGCGAAAUCGGCUGCUGAAGAUGGAACUGCGAGAGCUCUACCGAAUGCUGAAGAUUCCUUGGGAAGAUUCUUCUGAUGAUGAGGACGAUGAGGAGGAACAGCCAUACUGGUUGCGGAAGAAGUUAGCCGAAAAGACCGCUUCUUCCUCCAAGGGUUUUGACCACCACCAUUUCCUGGACGGCGAGGGUGCUGCCAAGCUGCGUCGCUUGAAGAAGAAGUCCAAAUCGCAGAAACUCCGUGCAGCGGCCUUGUUGCUGGGGCGGCUUGCGGCCUCCCGGCGGACCCAGGAGCAUUCCGGCAUUGAGGCGCCAAGCGAAAGCAAUGUGUUGCCUUUCAAGGACAUGGGGAGCAUUCAGGUGCCCGAGGGAGAAGCGAUCAAGGUGAAGGUGGAUGAGGUCUCCAAGAGUUUACAACUCUUCAAAGACACCUUGGAGCUCCAGCUCAAACAUGUGAAGUCCAAAGAGGAUUUGGUAGAAGCUCCAGUCCCAAGACUGGACACCGACCGGGCCAGUCCGACCGGGCUGGGCCCCUUCAGCGGUUUGUUUCCCACGCGGAUGAAGGGACAGCUCUCCACCGGCGACCGCGGCGACGGAGUCCGCGGAGAGUCGGAGUGGUCGAGCGAUGGACGCCUCUCGAGCCAUAAUUUGCUGCCCGGGGACAGCUCUCCACAGUCGGACGGUGGAGAGCUCCGUCCCGUCCAAGCCGAGUCCCUCACGCGACCGGGUGCUCCGAGCUCCUCCGUGGGCCGCGGCCGCCCGGGGCACGUGGACUUCGGCUUCCGGCCCGAUGGCGCUGGAGAGGAAUCGGUGGAAAGCUGGUCCUUGUUCAAAGUGAACAAAGGCGCCGCACCGAAUGAGUCGAACUGUUCGUCGAAGACUGGUGAGACGAACGCCCGGAUGCCGCCCGGUGAGACGACGGCACCCAAGUCUUUUGGUGGGAAGCCCGUGACGCAGUCCUCCCGCCGACCCGACCGCGAUGAAGGUGCAUCGCCGGUGCGGCCCACGCGUCACAGCAGCGAUGCGCCGGUCCAGCGAUGCGCGCGCUUCGCUCCACAAGACACGGCAUCCUACUGCGAUUUUGGUGAGUAUGUGUCUCAACUUCAACGGAGCAAGGAAUCUUGGCAAAGUGCUUCCACGCCUGACUUGGCCAAGAGGAGCCGGCCAAAGCUCCCCGACUUGGUGAAGACCAGUAGCCAACAACUCUUAACUCCAUUGGAUUGGUCCGGUCGAUGGAAGUCCGACCGCCGGAGAGUGAAGCCAGACCGUUUGUGA